AUGGUGCGCUGCCUCUUCAAUUGUUCUGAACAUGUCGGACACCUCAACCCAACGCUUCCUGUUGUGAAGGCGCUGGUGGAAUCGGGUCAUGAAGUGCACUUUCUAUGCUUGGAGAUGGCACGCAAGAAGAUUGAGGAGGUCGGCGGUAUUUUUCACAACACCAUGGACAUUCAAUCUGAGCUCUAUUCUUCACGGGGUUUGGAAGGAAGAGAGAUUCCCAAACUGGCUGUGUUUAGCAUCAUGGAAGAGCACGGCUUGGAGAUGACAUUCUUGAACUUCUUGAAGUGUCUCAAUGUGAGCUUGGAGUUGGAGCUUCCUGGCACGUUGCGAUUCUUGCGCCGCUUGAAACCGGACGUCCUUGUCUACGACCCUAUCAUUGCCAGCCGAGCAGCGCCUAUCGCAGCCAAAGUCCUGGGAAUUCCUGCGAUUGGCUUGUUGACUUUGGCAGGACCCGGGGCCAUGCGGCGACAUGCACCUGCACUGCUAGAGCCCUUAACUCUGCAAGAAGCUGGAGGUUUGCUCCCUGAGUUUGCUCCACACAUGGAAGCCACCAGACGCAUCAACGAACGCUAUGGCCUGACCUUGAAAUCAACGCACCUUCUCCCAGAUGGCUACUUAGACACUUGCUUACGAAACAACAUCCUGGUCACCACCACGGAACAAUUGCAGGACCCAGUGACAGAAGCGAUCAUGGAGGCAUAUGAGGAAGAUGGCACCACCUUUACUUUUGUCGGUCCUCUACUUUUGCCUUCUGUGCCUCAAACUGUUGACCCAGUCAUCCAGCGUGUGCUUGAAGCACGGGCAGCAGGCACCCGUAUUGUUGCUGUCAGCAUGGGGACAGUGGUUACGGGUGGAGACAAAGUAGCAGGUUGGGAUGCAGACUUCAAUGGCCAAAGCAUCACUGGCCGAGAGCUUUGUCGAGCUGUUUGGGCUGGUACUUUUGAUGCAUGUAUGGGCAAAGAUAUUUUGAUUGUCACCGCGCUGGGCUUGCAGCCUGAACCCCUGCAAGACAUCGAAGUGCCAAGCAAUGCCCUUUGCGUGACAUCAUUUGCUCAAGUUGAGCUGUUGAAAGCUGGGGUGGACGUUUUUGUAACGCAUGGAGGCCAGAAUAGCUUCAUGGAAGCCAUCUCCUUUGCCAUUCCAAUGGUCGUUUGCCCUGGUUUCGGAGACCAGGUGGUGAAUGCUGCAAAGGCCAUGGCGUUGGGUGUUGGCCUCAAAGUGGACCGGCCAGUGAUCGUGAGCAAGGAAGAGGCCCCAGAGGCAGCUAUCAGGUAUCGUGAAGCGCUCAGCGGAGCUUUGCAUAGAGUCUUGUCAGAGGCUAGUUUUCGUGCAGCAGCUGAAGUUCAAGCAAACAGCCUUCGCAGCGCCGCAGGGGUUCCAAUGGCAGUUGAUGUAGUUGUGAAGGCGGCACAAGGUCCGGCUCGCUCUGUAGCAGCUGCUGGGGCCUAA